AUGGCCCAGGGAAAAACCGAAUGUGCCAACUGUGGCACCACGACCACUCCUUUAUGGCGCAGAAACCCCCAAGGCCAACCACUGUGUAAUGCGUGUGGUCUAUUUUUAAAACUUCAUGGUGUCGUGCGACCGCUCAACUUCAAGAACGAAGCCAUCAAGAAACGAGCUCGAUCC